UCAUAACAUUUUUACUGGCCAGGUUUACCCACCCGUACGAAAAUCUUCGGAACCCACCCGUUCAUGGAGAGAAAUCCAUGAAAGACCACAGACUUGGAUUCAAAGCCAAGACCUUCUACUUUGAGUGAAAUGACUACAGUGCUACGAACGGCACCAUGCAGUCCAUUCCUAAGAUUGAAUCAAAGUUUUGUUGUUGUUGUUAUUGUUGUAUUAUUAUAAGAGGCCCCCCGUGUAGCCACCCCCCUUACAAAAUCUCUUGUGUCGCCCCUGCUCUCCUUUCUUUCGYCGGUGAGUGGCUUUAUGAGUUCCCGGCUCAUCUUUCUCCCGCAUUCCUGAACUUCCUCAAAAGCAACCUUGUCUCUUCGGGUCGUCAAGCUGCAAGUGCAAACCGCUGCCAGUCGCCUAAAAUCACAAAGUGCAGUGAAUAAACCGGCWAAGUUUAGUUUUUCUUUUCUUCCAGCCAAUCCCGUAUCCAUUUCUCUCCCCUCCUCUCUGCUCUGUUCUCCUCUCGCCAUGCCGCGGAUCCAUCCCUCUGUCUCGCCCACAGUUGCAGCGCAUUUGUGUCCCGGGAUGACCUGUUGAUGUCGGUUAAAGAUGGAGUGCCAAGAUCACCCGCUAUAAACUCCUCCCCGGUUAAAAAAAAAAAAAAAAGAAAAGAAAAGAAGAAAGAAAAAAAAUAGUCUGGAAAUUGGAGUUCUGCCCAGUAUCGCUUCUGUGGUUGGCCGAGAUUGCUUAUUAUAAAUAAUUUAAUUGAAGCAAGACAUCAUAAGCGACAUCUUGGACGGGACUAGCUCGUCUCCGAACCGGAUCGGUAGCUGCUCCGCUGUACCGCCGGGAGGAGAAGGACAUCGCACGGUGCUGCUGGCACGGAGACGCGGGGAGAACACCGACCCCCUCGACGGUUUUGAGGAAUUUUUUUAAUGUCCCCCGUCUCCCCAGACGACAAAAAGAGACAAAUAUUUGGCUGCAUUCUUUAAGUGAAGUUGGAGCUUGAGCUGACAUUAAAUAAAAGGGAGGAGAAAAAAAGCUAUAUUUUGAAUCCUUUCUCCGCUGCUGCUGCUGCCCCCUCCUCCUCCCGCUGAACACGGCCGGUCUCUCACACCGGCCCGGGCCAACCGAGCACUCCUAAAUCCUACCGGGCAUCGAGGCUGGCACACAGCGGGGGCACCGACAGCUUUCUGGCCGCCCCGACUUGCCCUGCUUCACCGCUGGUAGCGGGACUCAGCCUCCGAGGUGUCUGCCGGCGAGACUCUGCUAGACUUUCACACCCUGUGGUCCUGGGCAGAGCGUUAUGGCUCAGACGCUGCAGAUGGCGAUCCCCAACUUUGGCAACAACGUCCUGGAGUGUCUGAACGAACAGCGGCUGCAGGGCCUCUAUUGUGACGUCUCUGUGGUCGUCAAGGGGCAUGCCUUUAAGGCUCAUCGUGCAGUUCUGGCAGCCAGCAGCUCCUACUUCCGGGAUCUGUUCAAUGCCGGCGGGAAGAGCUCUGUGGUGGAGCUGCCGCCGGCUGUGCAGCCGCAGAGCUUCCAGCAGAUUCUGGCCUUCUGCUACACGGGGCGCCUCAGCAUGAACAUCGGAGACCAGUUUCUGCUGAUGUACACCGCCGGCUUCCUCCAGAUCCAACAGAUAAUGGAGAAAGGCACAGAGUUUUUCCUCAAGGUCUCUUCCCCAAGCUGUGACUCCCAGGGUCUCCAUGCCGAGGAGACUCCGUCCUCCGAGCCCCAGAGUCCAGUCACCCAGACAGUGGGAGGGGUGGGUGUGGGUGUGGCUGCAGCGCCUGUAGGAAGGCCUUCUUCCUGUCUGACGCCUCUUCCCCUGGUAUCCAAGGUGAAGACGGAACAAACGGCCACUACKCCUCAGCAAGUCCCUCAGCAGCAGCAGGAGGGCUCACCCUACUCUGUGCUCUGCACCCCCGUGGCCAAGCGGCUGUGGGAGGGGGCCAACCGGGACGGGGGCGGRGGGUCUGGAGGAGGCGGGGGAGGUGGAAUGAGGAAGGCUGCACGCUACUCGUCCUCCUCCUCUUCUUCCUCGUCUUGUAACGCAGCGACGCAGGAUGCGUCUGGGCGAGGCCCGGUGACCGGUGUUGCGAUGGCGGCCGGUGCCGCUUUAGUGGGAGGAGCUGGACUCAACACUAACCACAACAGUAACAACAACAAUGUCGGCACCCCCGAAGGCACCAGCCCGGGCACGCUCAGCAUGUACACCAGUGACUCGCCAAUCAGUUACCACGACGAUGAGGAGGAGGACGAGAUUGCAGAUGAGAGCGCCGAAGAGCAGUACAGACAGAUCUGCAACAUGUACACCAUGUACAGCAUGCUGAACGCCGGAGCGGCAGUGGUCGGAGAACGGGUGGAGGCUUUGCCAGAUUUGGCCCCCGAUUCGGGAGGCGGGCGUGGAGGCAAAGGGGGGCGGUCCCGGCAGGACCUGGCAUCGCUGCCCGCUGAGCUCAUCAACCAGAUCGGCAACCGCUGUCAUCUGAAGCUCUACGAGGAAGGUGACCCGGCGGAGAAGCUGGAGCUGGUCAGCGGCACCUCUGUCUUCAUCUCGCGCGCCCAGCUCAUGAACUGUCACGUCAGCGCUGGCACCCGCCACAAAGUGCUACUCCGGCGGCUGCUGGCGGCAUUCUUUGACAGGAGCACACUAGCUAACAGCUGUGGAACCGGCAUCCGCUCAUCGACCAAUGACCCCAGCCGGAAGCCGUUGGACAACAGAGUGCUGCAUGCGGUCAAAUUCUACUGCCAGAACUUCGCACCGAGCUUCAAGGAGAGCGAGAUGAACGCCAUCGCAGCCGACAUGUGCACCAACGCCAGGCGCGUCGUACGGAAGAGCUGGAUCCCCAAGCUCAAACUGCUGAUGGCCGACAGCGACGCGUACUCGGCCUUCCUGGCCGACAGCGUGAAGAUGGAGGCCGACGUGCUUGGGGUGGAGCAGGGCUUUGACCCGGCYUCUCUGGAAGCCGUGGCGGCGGCCGGCAAUAACAGCGAAGCGUCUAGCGGGACCAUGCCGGCUGACACCAUGCCAGGGGCCGGCGGAGACGGCAGCACUUUGUUUUGAGCAAACGAUCACACGGAGGCGGAUCGGACGGAUUCAUUCGUCUGCGGUAAAGAGUCGAGAACAUUGGACCGCCGCGGUCUCCAUGACGGUUGUCACACAACACCCCUCCCCUCACAGCUGCCAGGUGGUUGGGAAUCUGUUCCUUCUCUCACAAGCUGCRUUUCCAUUGACCAUAUAAUUGCGCAAAUUGGAAUUACGAAAAUAAAUGAGCUUAAUGCAAACACUUCAAUUUUGGAGAAACCCCCCUGCCCCCCACUCGUUUUUCAAUGAAAAUGUCAUUGUGCUAGGAUGAGAUGGCUUUUCAGAUUAUUUUGUUCGGAAAACACUUUUUUCACAUCACCCAAGUCACAUGAUCAACAACCGGAUGUUACUACGGCGGAAAAUAGACGUAGGAGAAGACAGGAAACAGUAGGUGUAUGAUGGCAUCACAUGUUUGUUAGCAACUUAUCACGUGAGUAGACGUAUUCACGUGCGAUUUCAAUUGCGUUUCUUAUUUAAUGGGAAACACCGUCAUUGCGAAAUUGUGCUUUUUCGACUUCGGCGGAUUAUCAAAAAAGUUUUGCGCACAUUUGUCCUGGAAACGCAGCUACUGUUAGGUCAGUUUCUUGUACUUACCUUCCUUUUGCUUGUUUUUGUCUUUCUCUCAGAAUGUUCUUGUUCUUCUGACAGAGACCGACAGAAAGACGUAGAGAAAGGUCGCAGAGUAAAGAACGUGAACCCCCCGUKCCCCCCAAACUGAACAUACACUCACCUCUUCAUUCCUCUGCAACCUUUCUCAACUUUUAGUUUUUCUACAUUUUUUUAAAGCUUUUAUUGUCACCAAGGCUCUUUCCCUUCACAAUCAAUCACCGACAUUCCCUGGGGAGGGCUGUCAGUGAGGGUAAUCCUGUUUGGAGAGAGCGAUAUUUUCCCUCCCCCAAACUCCGGUAACACUGUUGUUUUGAUAUUGAAUGUAUGCGAGGCGAAGCGUCCGAACUACAGCGUUGUAAGGCAGUGACGACUGAAAGAUUGUGCUGAGCCCCUUUUUGCUUUGACUGUUUAGUGUUUUGUGGCGUCGAUGAGGUYGAGGGUUGUACAUUUCGAUGUGUAUAUUGACAGUUUACAAUCUCCUGGCCCCACUGCCUGAAACCCCCAACACCCUGUUACAAAUUUUUUUUGUUUACAUUGUUCUUUUUAUUAUUAUUAUUAUUCCCAAGGCUCCUGGGGGGAACAACAUUGCUACAGAUUGCAAUCAAAGAAAUUUGUUGGCUAUGAAUACACUGUUAUUUUAUUUUAUGUGGUACGAGUACAAUCAGGCUGUGUUUUUGUACUGAAGCAGAAGAUGCAUGUUUUUAUGUUUAUUUUUUUUAUGCUCAACUCCCCAUCCCCACCCCUCAAAAAAACAACCAAAUUUUUUUAGCUAAUGUCCAAUUUUUUCCAAUGUUUAUCACCCAUUUUUUAAAAGUAUUUAAAGAAAAAUUCCAAAUUGUAAAUACCGCAAGUCUCCACCUAUGUUGAUGUGCAUKUGAUGUGCUUUGCUUAGUAUUUCUACGCCUUCAACUUUUUCACAUUUUAGCAUUAGCAACAGACUUAAACGAAAGGAGUUUAUUAUGAAAGGAAGAAAGUACAUGGAUUUCAMCACUCAAAAUAAGUUUUUUUGGUGCUACUUCAGAAAUAUUUACUAUAUUUUGUGAUAUCUUAUCAUUAGACCCCUUUCAAAAUCUACCUACAGAAGAAGGAAAAAAGAACUGAAUUAGCUUGAUUUAAUUUCUUUGGAUUUUCWAAAUUGCAAAUUUUCUGUGAUUGCSAAAUUGGAAAAGACCAGAGAAUUAAAUGACAUGUAAAGGCAGUUGCGUCCUCUAGCUUUUAUUUAAGRAUAUUAAGGAAAGGAAAGUAAUAGCGGGUACAUAAAAACAAAAGCAUGCCACACUAAUAUUAAAAUUGUGUUUAUUUUUCUUCCACUUGGCAGUUUUGCACCACUUUAUGUUGAUCUAUCACAUGAAAACCUGRUAAUACAYAAAGAUGUUUUUGUUUGGACUGUGACAAAAUGUGAAAAGGUUUAAGGAGUGUGUAUACUUUUUUGCAAAGCACUGAGUGUGUGAGGUCCUUUUUAUCUCGCGUUUGAAUUGAAAUAUUUGCAGCUGCGGCGCUCAGAGCGCAGGUUUUCCCUCAAGGCGUUUUCUGGCUGGUUGUGUKCUGGGAUUGACAGAAGCGCGAAUACUUGGCAGGGAAUAUAGCUCUGUGUGUAUGUAGGGAUGUGUUGAAUGUGUGUGUGCUACUGGGAAGAGAGAGAGAGAGUGGGAAGUCAGACGGCACGUUUUCACACACGCUUGGUCGAUUCAUUCACCGCUCAGAUCUGCACGCUAAUACACAUUGGGGCGCUGCCGGUCCCCAUCGGCCACAGCGCACCAGGGAAACAUGGGAAUCCAACGAAACACAUCGAAGUGAUCGGCUAACGCGGAUUUGUUUCUGUGUGCUGAACAUGCUGGGAACAGUUUGGAAGCUCUUUGUUAGCCUUUUAAAAGAAAGUUACGGUAUUUAUUUACUAAAGAUGCAACAAAGUAUAAAUGGGAGAUCAACCAAAAAAUACGUUGGCAUAGAAACAGAUGUUUUGGCUGAAUAUAAGAAUAUAAAUAAAGGAAGAAAAUUAUUAUUAUUAUUUUUUAAGAAAUUAACAAAUGACCUUCAGAAUUUAAAGCCUGUCUAAAUAGUUAUCAGCUAAACCCUGAAAGGGUUUUUUUUCCUUCAUGAUUAAUUAAUCAAAACCAGUAAUGGCUUUUGACUAUGCCAACUGUUAUUUUGAACAUGAAGGGCAUUGUGAUGUGUCAAAUAAAUCUCAAGGAUCUCUGAUCUUUUAGACAGAACACAACGGCAGGGCAACAUUGCCAAAAUGCGUGAUUUCAACGAGAUUUAAUCUCAAACUGUGGACGGCCAUCUAUUACUUAAAAAACAGAUAGUGCAACAAUCAAAACAUUUGAAGUUUAUCCAACUCAAAAUGAUUGUUUCUGCUAUAUUUUAUCAUAUUUUAAGUCRUUUUAUUUUUKUAUUUUUWUUUUUUUUACAUAGACCCAGAACUGGUGAAACCUCUCCUUCAUGUGAAUGUCUGAUGAAUUCAACACAUUACGUUUUCAUACGGAUAUUUGCCAGUAUUAAAUAAAAUUUUAAAAAUGAGACCUAUAUUAUUAUAAUGCUACUGCUAAAUAUUGAGAUUUUAAGCUAACUUAUAAAAAAUAUAUUUUAAAUAGGAUGAAAUAUAAAACUGUUCAGUGGAGUUAAGGUACAAAAAAAUGUGUGUUUUGGCAGAUAUUAUUCAUGAACAUGUAUUCUGCACUGUUAUAUUCAAAACGUAACAUUAUGAUAUUAAUUUUCCACCAACAUGUGCCAUAAAUAAAUAAGUUCCCCUAUUAUUGCAGCAGCAUGAAAUAAAGAAACAUUUACUGUAAUUUAGGAUAAUUAAUUCAAAGAGCAAAAAAAGUGUCAAGAAAUGUUUUUUAGCAAACUCACUUAAAGAUAAGAGAACAUGGUAUUCAAUUAGAGCUGAUGUGUGACUGUCUCCAUAAUACAGGAAAUGACCACAAGAAAAGACAAACUGACCAAAGUAAARCUGAACCUUCCUGUAUCGAUGGACAAAGCAAUAAUGCUAACAUUUAAAACAGCAGGAACGGUGACAAUCGAUAAGAGCCCCAGUUUAUCUCGCACAGUGAGGUUGAUGACAGCAGCAGUGCUUUUAACGUGACUUUUAGACAUAUUUAGCAGUAGUACAGAAGUUUAGUGUCAUUAAUCUUCAUCCGUACACUAGACAUUGAAGGUGCUGUUUGUGCGAAAAGACAAAUAGCAGCAUAGUGACCUCCUAUGCAUAUCUAACAUAUCUGCUAUGUUUGUUUACCCAAACUACUUGACUAGAUUGCUGUGACUAAGAACAAUAAGCUAGCAAGGUCCAUUCCUUUUUCUUAUGCUUGUUUCUGUUCAAUCAUUUCUUUUAGUUGUUUUAAUGGAGCAAAUCCUAAGCACCUUAUUGCCUGUGYGGCAAAACAGAAAACAACAAGUAAAUUGCCUGAAAGUUGACUAAGUAGCUUGUGACCGUCAACAAAUCUUUGGGUCUUCCCCACACAUGACAAGAAAAAGAUAAGCGAGAAAAAGAAUCGUCUUGAAUCUCCUUGGUAGACCGAAUCAGAGUUGUACAAACACAAUCCAGAGGUUUUCCUCAGACCAGAACUCACAGUUUCCAGAUCAGUGUUAAGAAAUAACAAGGUCUUUAACCCCGUAGUUAGAAAAUACAUUUUGGUAAAAUUAUGGAAAGAUUUUUCCAGACUUCCCAUGUGUAUCAGCAGGAAUAUAUGGGAACAAACCUGGAAUUUGAGGGUGCAUUCACACCAGCCCUGUUUAAUCCGCUUCAAUCAACUAUGUAGUUCAUUUAUCUGAAAGAAAAAAGAAAAAAAAAAAA